CAAAACACGGUGUACCGUGGGGUGGCGCGACAGUAGCCCUCUCGGCAAGUCCGUGUUUACAGAUUUUGCAGUGAGUUCGUAACGUCACGUCAAAAAAAAACUGCAACACGGGUACUACACCACGAUUUACUAUGUAAAGAUAAUGUAGUUAUAGAUUAAUGGAACAAGGCCUUUAGGAUAUAUCUGUAUUUAAUGUCAGUGGAUGAGCUGGAUGGUCGUUGUUGGUGGAGCAAAAUUGUCAGAAUCGGAAUUUUUGCGGAUAUCAGUGUAUACUGAUUCGCUCGCAGAAUGACGAUUGCCACUAGAGGUCAGGGAGUUGGGAUAGACCCUCCUGAAAGUCAGCAGACCACCCAGAUGCACAGCCCUCAAGGUCCGCAACAAUUGACAGAUGCUAUAUCAGGCCUUCAAUUGACUGAAAAUGUGGUCCAAAACGAGUGUAACGAGUCGGGGAAUUCUGUGGAAGACAGUAACUCACAACAACGUACUACUGAGCCAAAUUUUCCUCAUGCAAAGUUGGCCGUGUUGGAUGAAAAAAUAUCUAGUCCGAGAUGGGUCGUACCGGUUCUGCCUGAACAGGAGUUAGAGUGUCUUCUGCAAGCCAGUAUAGAGCUUUGCAGAAAAGGAAUUGAUGUACAGAGUGAGGCAUGUCAGCGCUUUUUUCGAGAAGGCCUCACUAUAUCUUUUACCAAGAUUCUCACCGAUGACGCAGUCAACAGUUGGAAAGUCAACAUUCACAACUGCAUAAACGCAAAUUGCGAACGUUUGAUUGAAUUAAUUGUUCUUAAGCUGGACGAGGAUUGGUUCCCUCUUCUCGACUUGUUGGCGAUGGUUUUUAAUCCGAACAAUAAAUUUCAUACUUUUAAUGCUGCGAGAGUUUCGGAAACCGUUCCUCCUGGUAGUAAUAUAAGUGACGAAGAGAUUUACGCAAGACCGCCCCAAGAUUCACGGAGUCCAAGGGGCUGGCUUGUCGACCUCAUAAAUGGAUUCGGUAUGCGUAAUGGUUUCAACAUAUUGCUAGCAAGAUUUCAAAGCGGUAGAAAUUUAACAAUACCAGUUAUGCACGCACUGCUCAGACCUUUUGGUUUGUGUUACGAGCUCCUUACGGUUCACACGAUAGUUAAAUACCUCAUGCCCAUUGUGGAAAUGGUGCCUGUUAUAUUGGAUAAUUUGACGGACGAAGAAUUGAAAAAAGAGGCUAAAAAUGAAUCGAAAAAUGACGCAAUAUCGGCCAUUAUAAAAGCAAUGAAAUGCCUUGUUUCGCGUGUACCAUGUCAGGAAGAUAUGAUAAAAAAUUUGGAAAUAUUGAAACUGAAAAUGAUUCUGAGGCUUUUACAAAUAUCCUCGUUUAAUGGUAAAAUGAACGCUCUCAACGAAGUUAACAAAGUUAUUGGCGGAGUGAGUUAUUACCCGCAUCGCAAUCCGAGUUUGGAGGAAGAAGAAUGGCUCACCGCUGAACGAAUGGCUAAAUGGAUAAAAGAAAAUGGCGUCUUGGAAAUCGUGUUGAGGGACUCUUUGCAUCAGCCUCAGUACGUUGAGAAGUUAGAAAAAAUUUUGCGUUUCAUAAUAAAAGAAAGGACAUUGACCCUCGAAGAUCUCGACGCUGUUUGGGCUGCACAGGCUGGAAAACAUGAGGCCAUCGUAAAAAACGUUCACGAUUUAUUGGCCAAACUAGCCUGGGAUUUCAGUCCCGAACAACUCGAUCAUUUGUUUGAAUGUUUUCAGACGAGCUGGAAAACUGCCAAUAAAAAGCAACGCGAGAAACUGUUGGAACUGAUACGGAGACUCGCGGAGGAUGACAAAGAUGGUGUUAUGGCGCACAAGGUGUUGACACUCUUUUGGAACUUGGCCCAUUCGGACGAGGUGCCCACGGAAAUAAUGGAUCAAGCGUUGAACGCUCAUGUCAAAAUCCUCGAUUAUUCGUGCUCUCAGGAACGAGACGCUCAGAAAACCGUUUGGCUUGAUAAGUGCGUUGAAGAACUUAAAACUAACGACAAAUGGGCUUUGCCAGCGUUAAAGCAAAUUCGCGAAAUCUGUUGCCUUUAUGAACCCAACCCGAAUAUUGGUAAUAAUCAACGUAGUCAUCAUGCAUAUUAUAGGCAAGAGGUUAUAGAACGUUUACAGAGUCACCACUCUGUCGUGAUUCUCGUGACGAACAGUUUAACAAAUUAUAUGGAUACUGUACGUAACCUCGUUAAACCAGUUCCCGAACUCGAUGACACGACGCUCAUGCCAGAUGGCCGGUACAAUCAUAUUAUGCAAGUACAGGAGAGACUCAAUUUCUUAAGGUUCCUAUUAAAGGAUGGACAAUUGUGGCUCUGUGCGGAGCAAGCGAAGCAAAUAUGGCAAUGUUUAGCUGAACAAGCGGUCUUCGUAUCGGACCGUGAGGCUUGCUUCAAGUGGUUUUCAAAGUUGAUGGGAGAAGAGCCGGAUUUGGAUCCUGCGAUAAACAAAGAUUUCUUUGAGAACAACAUUCUGCAAUUCGACCCCACUUUAUUGACAGAAAGUGGUAUCAAGUGUUUCGAGAGAUUUUUCAAAGCUGUCAAUUCUAAGGAGGGCAAGCUCAAGUUCAAGAGGCGAACGUUUCUGAUGGAUGACGUUGAUUUGUUCGGUACAGAUUACCUCUGGAGGGUCGUAACAAACAGUCCAGAGGAAAUAGCUAGUCGAGGCAUCGAACUUUUGAAAGAAGUCAAUACGAAUUUAGGACCACGUUUGCAAUCGUCCGUUCUUGAUUUCCAUGAGACUUUCAUAGCCGAGUGUAUGGAUCGUUUGAAGGCACAUUACGAUACUGUUUCCGUACUAAACACCGAAUACAAUCAUGAAAAAGCGGAAGAAGAAGAUGUUGAGAUGGCAAACACAAUACGCUCGGAAGCUUUGAAAAUGUGUCGUGUUAUGAAAGUGUUACAAGAAUAUAUAAACGAGUGCGACAAUGGAUUUCCCGGAGAGCGCAGAGUUUUACCUCUUCACAGAGCUGCGCGUGGCAAACAUUUGUCUCUUGUUAUACGCUUUGCUACUCCUGCACGUACCGUUGAAGAUAUCGACAUUUUUACGCAUAGCAAUGAUACAUUAGCAUCCUUGAGGCGUCAGAUUCUCCGCCGCAUCAAAGCUGGCGGUACGAAUGUCAAGCUCGAUUUGUUAAUAAACGGUGAACCACUCGAACAGCCGGACGAUAGGAAACUCUUGUCUCAAAUACCGUUGAGAGACAAAAUGGUCGUGUCUGCAAAGUUAAGUCAAGUUAACAGUAAUAUGCCAAGUUCGCCGGACAGCAGUUCUGACAGUUCAACAAGUUCACCUCAUCAUACGUACGAUAGACCGAAUUUGGCAGCUGAGAAUCGUUUACCCGGCGUGGUGAUGUCCCAACGCGCCCAGUACGCUCAGUUUUUCUUUCAAUUGGCCGAUCUCGGGUGCACUCUCAAACUGGAACAGCUGCGCGAUGGUGCACGUAAUCUUCUGCAAUUAGUGCCACCUGAUGUACUUACGGUGAUGCGACUAGAGUGGGUUUUCGGUGUACACAAGAGCGAGGAGAACGCGCCAAAUCCGCCAUGCGACGAACUCAAUACAUCCGUCGAAAGUCUCUUUUUUGCUGCGAGUCCUAGCCAAGUUUUGUAUAAUUUAGAGGUAUUGUACACACUCUUGAUGCCGGCACUGGAUCCGAUGUCAGAGAAGGCGUACGACAUGCAAUACAACUUUAUAAAGAGCGAGGAGGCGGUCGUUGUUUUGGAUAUGUUAACGAAAGGCAAAUUUCGUAUGAAGAAUAUCGACGAAUCGACGAAAAGAUCUGCGUAUCUGACGAUAUUGAAGCUGUGUAAAUUGUUAUUAACGAUUGUUGGUAACGUGAUGGCAUGCGUAAUGGAUGAUGCUAAACAGCCAGUUGUAAAUCCGGAAAAUCACGAAGCACACGCGAAUAAUCGUAGCCUCGUGGCUGUGCUGAAGCAAGCGUUGCACAGUGUGCCAAAUCAGAGUACGGAGUACAUGUUACGAAGCGUAGCGGCUAAAUUGGCUCAACAUUUGAGUAUUCAAAUACUGAUGGGUAAAGCGGACUCGGACGGAUGUCGUUUAUUGUAUGUCCAUCGUCAAGCAUUCUCGUGGGGCUUACCGGACACGAGCACCAUAUUAGCGAUAAUAAAGGUAGCAUGGGCCGCUUCGACCGGGAAUUUGUCGAACGUCGACGAAUCUGUGGACGUAAUACACAUGAUGCAUGAGGCCAAUCAGACUAAUCAACGUAAUUUGGACCCUAACGAUAUUCUCGUAUGCAAAGAAGCACUCGAAGUUCUAACGAUAGCUCUCGUACUGAAUCCAAACGCUCUCGUUACCCUGACUCGCGACAAAAUGUGGCGUACUUUUCUCAUCGAUCUCGUUUUAUUGAGCACUUCAAAGGCCGUCAGAAUAGCCGCCUCCGAACAAUUUUUACUCAUCUCGACGUGGUGCAGCAGCGGCCAUCAAGCUAUACAACAAUCUAUAUCUCUACUAAUGAGCGUUCUCUAUACAACGGUUGUAGAAAAUGCUAAACAGUGUCACGAGUAUUUCCAACUCUUGUGUCGGUUACUCAACUACGCUCCCAUGUCCGGUUAUCCUUUAUCGAGCGCUGAAACCUUUUUGGCUAUGGAAAUAUCGUGGCUUAAAGAAGUGCGAGACACUGUAAAGAAAACCGGUGAAUGCCAAGUCGAGGAUGCCCUUCUCGAAGGCUACCUCAGCCUCACCAAAGAAUUACUUGCAUUUGUACCACCUUCGAUUAAAUAUGGGAUCGGUAGUGACGAGAAACGAGGCUUACACAUGAUCAAGGAACUCGUAGAAGAUUUUGUCUUUCCUGCAUCAUGCAUGAUGUUGCAAUUGCGAUCAACGGGCGAGUUGACAUCGACGCAGGCAUCACCGGUAUGCACGACACCCCAAUCGAUCAGCGCAGCAUUCGAUUUGCUCGUUGGUCUGUGCACCGGUUGUGUACCAAACAUGAAACUUCUAGUCACGAUGCUUACAAAAAUGUUUUAUUCGGACAAAGACGAGCCUCUCGUAGAUUGGGAUUACACGCCACCCGUCGGUCCGAGACCGUUGAAGGGUUUCGUCGGUUUGAAGAACGCCGGUGCAACGUGUUAUAUGAAUUCGGUAUUGCAACAAUUGUACAUGGUCGAAAGUAUCAGAGUCGGGCUUUUGGCAGCUGAGGGUGCCGCGGUUGAUCUUAACGAGGAUUUCUCCGGUGAAGAACGUCUUGAAGUUGAACAAACGAUAGAAGCUAACGACAACGAUACGAACGAAGAAAAAUGUGGAAUUGACGAAUCCAGGAAGGAAUACAAUAUUGGCAUUUUGAAACAAGUCCAAGCAAUUUUUGGACACUUGGCUUACAGCAAAUUGCAGUAUUACAUACCGCGUGGUCUGUGGAAACAUUUCAAACUGCAAGGAGAACCCGUAAAUCUGCGAGAGCAACAAGAUGCUGUUGAAUUUUUCAUGAGUCUGGUCGAGAGCCUGGACGAGGCGUUGAAAGCUCUCGGGCAUGAACAAAUCAUGGGAAAAAUCCUCGGUGGUUCUUACAGCGAUCAAAAAAUUUGUAAAGGUUGUCCUCACAGAUACUCGAAGGAAGAACCGUUCAGUGUCAUAAGCGUCGACAUCAGAAAUCACAGUAAUCUUCUCGAUUCGUUAGAACAAUACGUAAAAGGUGAAAUUCUUGAAGGUGCUGACGCUUAUCAUUGCGACAAGUGUGACAAAAAGGUCGUUACUGUCAAAAGAUUAUGCGUCAAAAAACUACCACCGAUAUUGGCCAUACAAUUAAAACGUUUCGAGUACGACUACGAUCGUGUUUGCGCCAUAAAAUUCAACGAUUAUUUCGAAUUUCCCCGCAAUUUGGACAUGGAACCUUACACCGUUUCUGGACUAGCCAAACUCGAGGGUGAAGUUAUAGAUUGUGACUACGAGGAAGUUUGCAAACAAACCUGUACAAAAUAUCGGUUGAGUGGGAUCGUUGUACAUAGCGGACAAGCCAGUGGUGGCCAUUACUAUUCUUUCAUUUUACAUAGGCAAAACGAUGGCACUGUAAAAUGGUACAAAUUCGACGACGGUGACGUAACAGAGUGUAAAAUGCAAGAAGAGGAAGAAAUGAAGGCCCAUUGUUUUGGUGGCGAAUACUUGGGUGAAGUUUUCGAUCAUAUGCUAAAACGCAUGAAUUUCCGUCGACAGAAACGAUGGUGGAACGCUUACAUGUUGUUUUACACGCGACUCGACGUUGAAGCCGAAUCUUUAACGAAAAGUGUCACCGAGUUAUCGCUUUAUACGAAAUUGGGUGUUAUGAAAAUGCCACCGGCGAUAGAAAACAGUGUGAGGAAGCAGAACAUCAAGUUUAUGCACAAUCGAAACCAAUUCAACCCCGAAUAUUUUCAGUUCAUUCGAAAGCUCGUGUCAUGCAAUCCGGUGCACACAGCGAAUCGUCAGAACUUGAAUGAUAAACUUAGUCCGGAAGCCGAAGAGUUGGCGAUGCUUUCCGUACAACUAGCCUCUAGGUUUCUCUUCUAUACCGGAUUCCACACAAAAAAAACCCUCCGAGGAACCGCAACGGACUGGUACGACAUCCUGUGUCAUCACCUAAGGAGCAGCAAAGCUGUUCGGUCCUGGUUUGCUCACAACGUCCUGUUCAAUCAUCCACACAGAUUUUGUGAAUAUUUGCUAAGUUGUCCAAGUACAGAAGUACGAUCGGCAUUUUUGAAGAUUCUCGUGUGUUUGGCACACUUUUCGCUGCAGGAUGGUCCUUGUGGUCCGCCUAGUAUCAACGCGCCGACAAUUCUUUUAGAUCCGACUGCGACUCUCAGCGAUCAAUUACUGCACGCUGUGUUGUCACUACUUCAUCACGAAAUAGCCGACCAUGGGCGACAUUUGCCUCACUAUUUUACGCUUUUUCACACGUAUGCCUCACUCGGGCUUGCUGCAAAAGCUCAGCUGCUCAAGUUAAACGUUCCAGUGACAUUUAUUCUAGUAGCGAUUGACGAGGGUCCAGGUCCAACGAUCAAGUAUCAAUAUCCGGAAUUGACGAAACUCCAUCAAGUCGUCAGCAUGUUGAUACGAUGUUGCGAUGUAUCGCAAAAAACCCAAUCGAGUCACGGAACACCAGGAACGUUGCCACUACCGAAUCCUUAUGGGGACCCGGCGUGUCAGUCGGAAUAUUUAAUGCCGAUACAGCGAGAAGCCGCCGAUUUAAUUUUUAUGGGAACAAGUUAUAUUAAAAAAUUGAUUGAAGACGCAAACGUCACAGAGGACACAGUCAAAUUGCUGCAGUAUUGCUGCUGGGAAAAUCCGCAUUUAUCGAGAACCGUUCUCAGCGAAUUAUUGUGGCAAAUCGGUCUCGCGUAUACACACGAACUCCGACAUCAUACCGAUCUUUUGCUCGCGAUGCUCCUCAUGGAAGAUUCCUGGCAGACGCAUCGAGUUCAUAAUGCACUCAAAGGGGUACCAGACGAGAGAGAAGGUCUUUUCGACACGAUCAACAGGAGCAAGAAUCACUAUCAGAAACGCGCUUACCAAUGCAUCAAGUGUAUCGUUCAAUUAUUUAGUAAAUGCAAACCUGCUUAUCAGUUACUUUACCACAAUUCUGAUCUCAAGAAAAAAUGGCUUCACGCGGUCGAAUGGUUGCAAGAGGAGCUGGACAAGCGACCUUAUCCUUCGACCGCGCCCUACACUCAUCCGUACAACAAUUGGUCACCACCCGCUCAGUCGAACGAAUCAACAACCGGCUAUUUCCUCGAGCGUAGUAACAGCGCGAAAAAAACUUUGGAAAGAGCCAUCGAAUUGUGUCAGGAUGAAGAACGCUCUUCCGAACUCUGUCAAGAUGAGGAACGAGCUAUCGAACUCUGUCAGGAUGAGGAGCAAGAAAUCGAGGACACGAACGAAGAAUGCGUCGAAGAAGUUGAAGAUGGUCCGGAUAAAGAGGUCGUCUCUGGUCCUGCUCUGCCUGUUAUCAUUACAGGCAGUAUCAGGAGACGCAAUCAGCUGGGAACGCAACCGAUAGGAGACCCAAUAUUAGAUGAGCUGAGGCAUAUCGUGGAGCGCCGAAAACUCCAGAAGCGAGACCCAGAGCAAAGUCGGCCCCAGGGUGAACCUCAACCCCAGCCGUUGCAACAGGAGCAUCAACAGCAGUCUGAAGUUGUGUCGCCGGUGCAAUCAUCGGCUCAUGUAACACAGCCAGAGCAGCAGCAGCAGCAGCAGCACUCACAAAGUCCACAGAGUAGCGAAUCGCCAGAGCAAGGAAUAAGCCAGGAUCCAUAAUGAACGCUUAAAAGCAGUUACGCUUAUGGGCGUGCAGCCUUCGUUGCUCCAGUAUGAAGGAUAAAUACCUACAGCAACGUUAUCGUACGCUCAAGAUUGAGGAAUUCCGAUGAAAAAGAAGCGUUAAUAAGAUAUUAAAGAAAAAACCAAACGACGAAGAAACGCCAACGUCUUCAACCCGGUCGCUUAUACGUGAGUAAAAAACCGCAUUAUUUAUUUCGUUUGUUACUUACGAUAUGGCAACGACCGAACGAGAGAAACGAAAAAAGAGCCUGGAUGUGCAUAACGGUUGAUGAAUUUAUGAAGAAAGAAAUCGAGACUGCUAUGCAAUAAUCGGUCUUUACUGCGUUUUAUGCUUGAUCAAAAACAGAAAAACAAAACACAAAAAAAAAGCGAAUUACGAGUUUGAACGGGAAAAAAACGAAGAGGAAAAAACAACGGAGGAAUAACAAGCGAAAGGAAAAAUGAAAUAAUGGAAAAUUGUGAGAACCCGUGAGAGAACGUUUAAAAGGUUGUAUAAAUGUAUAGUGUGUAGUGUUUAUUGGAAUCCAAGUAUCUGUCGAAUGGAGAAUAAACCGUGACUCGAGCGCAAUUUUUUCCGUAAAAAUAACAAAAAGUAAAUAAAAAAGAAAAAACCAUGUAAAUUUGAACAUAUUGUUAUUAAAAGAAUAAAAAAAUGAAAUAGAGAACUCUCGAUAGACGCAAGGUUAUAAAUAAAUCAGGAAAAUUAAUUGAACAACAAAAAAUUAACAAAUCGAAAAAAUCAUUUUUAAAAAUGGCCAGGAAACACACUCACUUGGCACGGACAUUGUAGAAAUAAAUUGAGAUAAAAAAAACAAUAGACACACACGAAAAUCCCCGUGUCAACGUACAGAACAAAAAAGGUAAAGAGCGAAAGAGCGAGAGAGAGAGAGAGAGAAGAAAGUAAGAAAUGUAAUGAAGUACUGAAAUUAUGAAUUCACUCACUACAUUGUAAUGGUCGUUAGCCGACGUUAUAAAGAGAAUAAAGAUUUUGUACUUAAUCUCGAAGAAUUAUGACAAAACAUGAAAGUGAGCGAAAUUUUCUUCUUUUUUCUGAUUUCUGUUUUUUUGUAACUUUAUUUUUAAAUAUUAGACCGAGCGUAAAGUGUAUUCUGGCCCUUCAUCGCGAGUUGCGUAGUUUCAGCUAUAUUGUUCACUAGGUACGCGAUUUUUCAAUUGAGCGAGAGAGAAAGAGAGAACGAGCGAGAGAGAGAGAGAGAGAUUGGGAGGGAGGGAAUAAGAGUAAGAAAAAGAGAGCGAGAGAGAGAGGAUGAGUGAGAGUGAAUGAAAGAAUCCUCCCUCGAGAUGAGGAGUCGUGCCUUUCUUUUGCACCCCCUUUGCCAUCGUUGUUGAACGAUGUUUCUGUAUUUUGAUGCCAUUUAGAAAAAGCAGAAUAUCGGGUUUCUUGUUCCUCGGUCACGAGGACAGUUGCGCGUAAUGGACGAAAUUUUCGAUCGUACAAAAUAACAACGUACAUCUUCGAUGUGUUUCAAAUACAGAUAAUGCUUUUAACAUUUUUUUAUACUACAUUCAUCAAUAACGUGAGUAGGAAGGAAUUGCAAAAAAAAAGAAGAAAAGUGGACGCAACGAAUUUCUUUAGAAAACGUAAUGUUCCCGCUACUUCCAAAUGGUUUGGUUCAUCCGCGUUGAGCAUUCACGGGCGACUGAAAAUCUUCGUUGUUCCUCCGAGAACAAUACCCGUAAACCAAUGAGGGAAAACAUUAAAGAAGACAUGUCGAUUAUAUUGGCAUGAUAAAAUGAUUUUCCUGAUAAAUGAAAAAGAGCAUGAAAAAAGGAGAAAAAAAAAAGUAAAACCAAUUUGAAAGGAGCCAUUCGAGAGAGCAAGAGAGAACGAGGGAGACGGGCUUAUAAAACGGAACGUGAAACACCAGUUUAAACGCUGUUUAAACGUAAUUAAGAAAAAACGUUAUAACAAUAAAAAGGAAAAAGAGAAAAAGAAAGAAAAAAAUCAAGCCAUCGUUGUUGGAGCUGUGGUUGUUUUCAGUAAAAAAUGAAACAUCGCUUAGCUGUGCUGCUCUUCACGGGCUGGCUCUUGAAGUUUCAAUGACAAAGUGAAGUUGAGAAACAAGAAAAUAAUACGAAAAUGGAUAUAUUUCUUCGGAGAAUCGUCUAUAUUUUUUCGCUCAUCACACUGUCUCAGCUCUGGAAAAGCAUAAGUAGGGGAUAAAAAAAAAAGAAAAGAAAAGAAAAACAAACAAAAAACAAACAUCUUAUUUUUCACACACAAAUCCAAUUAGAAGUGCAUGCAGAGAUAACGAGAGGACAAAGAUAAGAAGAUCUCUCGAACCGUUCGUAGCAGCUCCGAACUUACUAAAAAAAACGUGCGUUAUUUAGCUAUUAUACGGAUAAUAAUGAGCGAAGAAAGAAAAUGAGUCACUUGUAUAAAUGAUAGCGAGAAUGUAUGUGCGUUGAGCGUUGAGCGUGUGUAUACACUAUCGUGGAAAAAAUUCAUGGAUAUAAUGACGAAGAUAAAAUAAAACGAUAGAAAAUGAA